AUGUCUAGCAAGCCAGGAGAGGAAUUCGAAGUUCGCCAGACCUCGACAUCGGAGGACUAUACCCCUGACCCUUCAAAGUCCAUCAAGCUCAGCCCUCAGCGCCAGGCUUUGAUCGAUGACAUUAUCGCUCUUUACAGCUGCGAACCUACCGUCAGACGUGUUGAGCGCUACACCGCUGACUGCGUCUACGAUGACCAGUUUGUCUACGCCAACGACCGCUACAAGAUGGCCGGACAAUGGUUUGCUCUGCCCAAGCUGUUCAAGGCCAGCAAGAACGAGCGCUACGAGAUCAUCAAGAACGACAGGGACUUGAUCCAGUUUAAGAACGAGCAGGUAAGUGAGGCAGGCUUCCAUGCGCAUAGACCGUUACUGAUGUACNNGCAGUCAUGGACGUUCAAGAUCAUUCCCAAGACAGCUACCAUCAACGCACUCGUCUCGCUGUCUCUCGACCCCGACACCGUGGACUCGGACUUCAUCCAAGUCAAGUACCACAAGGACCAGGCGAACGACAAGGACUACUCGCACGAAGGAUUNGGGGUGCGUCAAGACCAACAUGAAAACACCAAAGGAACGAGGCUAACGUACCUUUGCUCUAGAUUCUCAUUCAAGAAGUGGCAGGCAGACAACGUGGUCAAGUUGAUGGACUCGCCAGAGGUCGAGCACUUCAUCAAAGACAAGAGCGCGGCCAAGGAACCAGUCAAGAAGUACGGCAGUGGAGACGAGAAGGGCCAAGCUCCGAAGCAGAGCUUCUAG